AUGGUCGUCAAGGGGAUCGUGAUCGUGAACAACAUGGGCACGUGCCGCAUCGCGAAGUUCUACGAGCCCGUGCACACCGAGGGCGAGGAGCAGCCCGAGGUCAUCCAGCAGCUCGUCGUGCGCAAGAUCUACAACCAGAUCUGCAGCCGGCCCGACUCCUUCUGCAACUACCUCGAGGGCGCGAUCCCCCAGUGGGGCGCCGACACGAAGCUCAUCUACCGCCACUACGCGACGCUCUACUUCGUCUUCGCCGUCUCCCACCUCGAGAGCGACCUCGGCAUCCUCGACCUCAUCCAGGUCUUCGUCGAAGCGCGCUGCUUCGAGAACGUCUGCGAGCUCGACCUCAUCUUCCACAGCGACCGCGUCCACUACAUCCUCGACGAGAUCGUCAUGGCCGGCAUGGUCCUCGACACGAACAUCAACAACGUCCUCAAGGCCACACGCGACAUGACGAAGCUCCACCAGAAGUCGCUCUCGAAGCUCAACGACCUCGUCCAGUCGAGCCCGUCGCGCCUCUCGCCGAGCCAGCGCGCCGCGGGGCACCAGGGCGGGAGCCCGUUCUAA